ACCACAGGCAAGGCAGGCUACACUUCAAGCCUGCAUUUGAGGAAAUUCGGGCCAAAUUUUACCGAGAAAUGAAACGUUUUAUCGGAAUUCCUGGUCAGUUUCGGGGGGUGACUGAAGUUGGAGACGAUCCGGCUGCAACCGGUCAAAUCGUGUUUCCGAACAUGAUUGACAGAAACGCUGAAAACUUUUUCACCAUUUACAGCAAGGCUGAAGACCUGUUUAGGCGAUUAGCACUGGUUAAAACUCGUUUUGAGGAAUGGGUUGUUCUUGGUAAAGUUGAUAUAGAAGAACUGGUCGCCACACAAUGCUUGACAUAUGAAGAUUAUGAAAGAAAUUUCAAAAUGGUCAAACUAAAAGGAAAAGAGAUUGAAAAACUACCAAUGUCAGAAAAAGUGGAUUGCCUGACCAUUUCCACGACACCAGCGAAAAACGCAAUUGACGACCAGUUGCAAAAACUGUUUGAAACUCUCAUUGAUUCGUUGCGGACCAGAGUUACUACUGAUGUACAAGAACUUACAAAUUUUGUGUCAUCUGCUACGGACUCACUACAGACAAUGCCACAAACUAUUCAAGAAAUUAGUCUGGCCAAUUCAAAACAUGGAGAGCUGAAAGAUUCAAUGCCUGGACUCCAAGCUCGUUACACUGGAGCGGAAAGAUUGGAUGCUCUGUUGAGGAAGAUGUGUGGGGAGGGAGUAGGCUCCUCUUUGUCCUCCUUAAGAUCAAAAUGGGACUCCCUGGAUAUUUUAAUGGAAAGUCACCAAGAGGUUAUCAGGGGUCAGAUUUCUGUCAUGAAAGCUGGAGUAGAAUCCAGAGUAGACUCGUUUCUGGCCGAACUGGACAAGUUCUCAGCCAGAUGGAACCAGUUGAAACCGGGUGAUGAUGUCAUUGAAUCUGGAGACAAAGAAAGACUUGCCAAUGCAGUGAAAGCGAUCAAAGACAGAAAAGAUGAAUUUGCGGAGUUAAAUCACACCAAAGAACAACUUCUCUUUGAUUGCAAGAGUUUUGAACUACCAAAACCUGACUUUACACUUGCUGAAGAAAUUAGAGUCGAUUUAGAAGGAAUGGAAGUUAUUUGGCUUUUAUAUGAAGAUUUUCAUGGUGGACUUAAUGAAAUGGCUCUACAAGACUGGAUAUCAUUCAGAGGCAAAACUCAUUCAUUUGAGGAGUUUCUUCUUUCAUGGGAGGACAGGUUGCGACAACAAGACCCAACAAUGAUGUCUGUUAAACUACAGAAAGAUAUUGCUGUGUAUAAGGAAAUAAUUCCUGGACUUAAAUACGUCCGAGGUGAACACCUGUCACAUGACCACUGGUUGGAUCUGUUCCGGUUGAUCGGUUUGCCGAGAGGCACCACAUUGGAGCGGUUAACUUUUCGUGACAUCCUAUCAGUGGCACCAACGAUUGCCGCCAAGAUACAAGAAUUAAAGGAAUUAAACAGUCGGGCUCAGGGUGAAGUCUCCAUAAGAGAAGCAUUGCGCGACCUUGAACUGUGGGGGGCUGGGGCUGUGUUCACAUUCACUGAGUAUCAAGAUAGCGCUAAUAGACCUAUAAAGCUGAUAAAGGAAUGGAAAGACCUUCUGAAUGAGGUUGGAGACAACCAAUGCUUGCUGCAGUCGCUAAAAGACUCGCCAUACUACUCCGGGUUCGAAGAUAAAACUGGAGUUUGGGAAAAAAAAUUGGUCGACCUUGACGAGCAUCUUCGUCAGAUCAACUCCAUCCAGAGGAAGUGGGUUUACCUUGAGCCGAUCUUCGGACAUGGGGCUCUUCCGAGGGAGCAGGCAAGAUUUGAAAGAGUGGAUGUUGAUUUCAGGUCCAUAAUGUCUGACAUAGGCAGAGAUGGCCGCGUUCUGUCUAUAGUUGGCCAUACUGGCUUAAGAAGUCAGCUUUCCACAAUGCUGGACCAACUGCAAAGGUGCCAGAGGUCCCUAAAUGAAUAUUUGGAGGAAAAACGAAACGCUUUCCCGCGAUUUUACUUCAUUGGAGAUGAUGAUUUGCUUGAAAUAUUGGGACAGUCUACCAACCCAUCUGUAAUUCAAUCGCAUUUGAAGAAACUUUUUGCCGGCAUUCACUCAGUUAAGUUCAGUUCUGACGAGGAAUCAAAGCAGAUAUUGGCCAUGAAGAGUUUAGAUGGUGAAUUGGUGCCACUAAUUCAGCCUGUGCAUGUUACUACUGAUGUAGAGGAAUGGUUAAUGAACUUAUCGGACCAAAUGAAAGAUACCUUACGUAUAUUAACCACUAAUAAUAUACGUACUACUAGUCAUGACCCUACACAGUUCCCAUCUCAGAUCUUAUGUCUUGGGGAACAAAUAGCAUUUGCUAAGAACUGUGAGGCAUCCAUAAGAGAAAAUAAGCUUCAGCAGUUACGAGGAGAUUUAGAAAAGAAACUGCGAUCUUAUACAUCUGUAUAUAUCAAUGCUACUGAGAUCGGUGAAACAGAGGCUCAUGUCCUUGAUCUGAAACUGAAAUCCCUGAUUCUUGACAUUAUCCACAAUAUUGACGUAGUGGAGCAACUGAUAAAGAGCAACAUCCGGAAUAUAUCAGAAUGGAUUUGGCAGAAACAGCUUCGAUAUUAUUCCGAUAAUUCUGCAUCCAUGAAAAUGGUGGACGCAAAGUUUGAUUACACGUUUGAAUAUCAGGGCAACGCACCCAAGCUAGUCCACACGCCCCUAACAGACAAAUGCUACCUUACAUUAACACAAGGCAUGCAUAUGGGGUUGGGUGGGAACCCGUAUGGACCGGCGGGAACCGGAAAAACUGAAUCAGUGAAAGCCUUAGGAGGUUUAUUUGGAAGACAAGUCCUUGUUUUUAACUGUGAUGAGGGCAUCGAUGUCAAAUCAAUGGGUCGAAUUUUCAUUGGCUUGGUUAAGUGUGGAGCAUGGGGUUGCUUUGAUGAGUUUAAUAGGCUUGAAGAGGUUGUGUUAUCUACCGUCUCUAUGGACAUACAAGUCAUACAAGCUGCAUUGAAAAGCAGAGCUGCUAACAUUGAACUGUUGGGAAGACAGGUUGAUAUUAAUCCCAACUCUGGCAUUUUUAUCACCAUGAACCCAGCGGGAAAGGGUUAUGGUGGAAGACAGAAGCUACCAGACAACUUAAAGCAAUUGUUCAGACCUGUAGCUAUGUCUAAACCUGACAAUGAGCAAAUUGCUGAGGUGAUUCUAUUUUCUGAGGGUUUUGGCGAAGGCAAAGCAUUAGGUCGAAAACUUGUUGCUGUUUUUAACCUCGCACGUGAACUACUGACACCACAACAACAUUAUGACUGGGGUCUCCGUGCGCUUAAAACUGUUCUAAGGGGUAGUGGACAGGCAUUACAUAAUUUAAGAAGAAAAACGGAAAAUUCAGAGACUAAGAUAACCCCUGAUGAUGAAUGCAAACUUGUCGUACAAGCUUUAAGAAUCAACACUUUAUCUAAAUUAUCAUUCGCUGAUAGCCAGAGGUUCGACGCUCUUGUAAAAGAUGUGUUUCCCAAUAUAGUUUUCCAAGAAAUGGAGCAAGAAAGUUUGCGUGCUGCUAUCGACGCACAGUGCAAUGAGAUGCAUCUAGAUCCACAAGACCGACAGAAGAAAAAGAUUUUAGAACUUCAUGAACAACUACAGCAAAGAAUGGGAGUGGUUAUUGUUGGUCCUUCUGGUUCAGGUAAAACAACCUUGUGGCAUGUACUGCGUGGCGCCUUGUCACGGCUUGGCCGCGUGGUCAAACUCCACACCAUGAACCCAAAGUCCAUGCCACGGAACCAACUGCUCGGUAAAAUUGAUUUGGACACCAGAGAGUGGUCCGAUGGUGUUUUAACCAACAGCGCAAGAGAUGUGGUCCGUGAACCACUGGACGUUCACUCUUGGAUUGUGUGCGAUGGUGACAUAGAUCCAGAAUGGAUCGAGUCUUUAAACUCCGUACUUGACGAUAAUCACUUGCUCACGAUGCCCUCUGGUGAGAGGAUACAGUUUGGACCAAACGUAAAUUUUGUGUUCGAGACUCAUGAUCUCAGCUGUGCAUCUCCUGCUACUAUAUCAAGAAUGGGAAUGAUCUUCCUCAGUGAAGAGGACACAGAUGUCACGGCUCUCGUGCGAUCCUGGAUGAAGAAGCAACCAGAGGAUCUGCAGAUGAAAUUGGAGGGCUGGAUUGAAGAUUAUUUUUACAGAGCACUAAAGUGGGUGCAGCGGUCAACGGGUCUUGUAGUCGAAUGUAGCAAAGUUGGAUUGGUGCUAAGUGCUCUCUCACAUUUAAAUGGGUGUUCAGAUAAACUAGCCUUCUUGGUUGGCCUGAUAAGAGGCCUUGGUGGAAAUCUGUCCUCAGUCACCAGGAAUGACUUAGCUAAAGAAGUUUUACAAUGGGCGCAUGAGGUACCUCCAGAUACAAGGAACCCUACUAAUGUGUUCUACAAUGCAAAAACUGGUCGUUUGGAUUCGUACCAUUUAGAUGUCAACGCUACAAUGAUAUCACCAGAGACUGUCACCUCAAUGGAACAAUUCCCUAUGAUUGAAACAGUAGAGAUGCAGCGUUGUAUUGACCAUGUUAUGGAAUGGAUGAAACCUGGGAAUCGUCAUCCAUUUGUCGUUGUCGGUCACGAUGGUUGUGGAAAAAGUCUUCUUCUUCAUCAUUGCUUUAAUAAACUACGAUCUACUCAGGUGGCUACAAUACAUUGCAGUGCCCAGACGACUCCUGUUCAUCUAAUACAAAAGUUACAGCAAGCUUGUAUGGCUUUUGGUGGUGGAGGCACUGGAGGGAGUGGUAGAGCUCUUAGACCUCGAGAAUGUGAGAAUUUGGUUCUUUAUUUGAAAGAUAUCAACCUUCCCAAGCCAGAUAAAUGGGGUACAAGCCAAACACUUGCUUUCUUACAACAGCUUCUAACAUACCAUGGAUUCUAUGAUGAUGAAAAUGAAUGGGUUGGAUUGGAAGGCGUUCAGAUAGUUGCUUCUAUGAAUGCAGCCACUACACUUGGCAGGCAUAAGCUUUCUACAAGGUUCACAUCUAUAGUCCGAAUCCUUAGCAUGGAGUAUGCUGAUACAAAUGAAUUAUCUGCCAUAUACACUGCAUACCUCACCCCUGUGUUACACCAUAGGCCAGAUCUUCAACAUCAUUCUGUAUGGGGUUCACCAUCCAAAGUACAACAGCUUGCUACUUCUAUGGUGCAGAUAUAUGAACAAGUAAGAAAGACCUACUUGAGUGACGAUCACGGGCAUUAUCUUUUCACGCCACGUGAUUUAACUAACUGGUGCAUGUCAUUAAUGAGAUAUGAUGUAUCAUGUAUGAUAGGAGAUGGUAGAGGACCUGAAUCCCUGCUUAGUGUAUGGACAUAUGAAGCUUGUCGACUUUUCAGAGACAGAUUAGUUGGGGGGAGAGGCAAGGAUAAAUUUGAUCAGAUGAUAUCUUCAAUUCUUGCUCAUGACUGGUCAAUAAAUGCUUCGGAAUGCAUGAACAACGACUACUAUGUUACAUGGGGUGCCAGGCAGGAAAUUAAAGUUGAAGGCAUGCUACCAAUCCAUGGAAAAACUUUGGGACAUUUAUCUGCGUCUGAUUUGGAAGGAGUUAUCAACAAAGCGGUUGGAGCGUACAGUAGGGAAGUCAGGGAAAUUGAUAUUUUAGUUUUCCAAGAAGUGUUGGAAUACAUGGCGCGUGUGGACCGUGUCAUAUCCGCCCCUGGUGGCAGUUUGUUGCUUGCUGGGCGAACAGGUGUCGGCCGGCGCACUGCGGUCGCUGUGUGCGCAAACAUGCACAGAAUGGCCCUUGUCACGCCCAAGGUCUCACGCUCGUAUGGUUUGAAACAGUUUAAAAUCGAUUUGAAAUCCGUUAUGCAACAAGCUGGGAUAGAAGGGGAACAGGUUGUUUUGCUCCUGGAGGACUUUCAGCUCGUUCAUCCAUCUUUCCUUGAGUUGAUAAAUAGUCUCCUCUCUGCAGGAGAGAUCCCCGGACUCUAUAAUGCAGAAGAGCUUGAUCCCCUUCUUGCUCCUCUCAGGGAUGAAGCAAGUGAUGCAGGACACAGGGGUCCUCUGUAUUCUUACUUCGCAAAAAAGAUAAUGAGCAACUUACACAUUGCAUUGAUAAUGGAUUGCGCACAUGAACACUUUACCAUUAACUGUGAGAGCAACCCAGCUUUGUAUAAGUUAUGCCAGGUGCAAUGGAUGGACCAUUGGGAUAAACACAGCAUGAGACAUGUUCCAGAAAUGCUCUUAAGCAAGCAACUGCCAGCAGACAACAGCAGCAUAGCAAAGCAGUUGUGUCAUAACUUUGUCAAGAUCCACCAGUCUUGUGCCAAGCGCCGCGACCAAGAUGCCACACCACGCAGAUACAUGACAUUUUUGAGGACUUACCAAAGUGUUUUUAAAUCAAAGCGAGACAACCUUAUGAUGAAACAAGGACAUUUACAGGCUGGUUUGUCAAAGUUAAACGAAGCCACGUCAUUGGUCGAUAGUUUGAAGCAGAAAGCAGCGGAACAAAGCUCUUUGCUUGUCCAGAAACAGAGUGAGGCUGAUACUGCUUUGAAAGAAAUCACUGUAGCAAUGCAGGAUGCCAGCACACAGAAAAACGAAAUGGAAGGAUUGAAACAGAAAGCAGCAGAAGAGAGAAUUAAUAUUGAUAAAAGAAAAAAGGCAAUCGACAUUGAACUUUCAGAGGUCCAACCAUUAAUAAAUGCUGCUCAGAAAGCAGUUGGAAACAUAAACCCUAAGACUUUAUCUGAGAUUCGUGCCCUGCGUAUGCCCCCUGAUGUUAUUAGGGAUAUAUUGGAAGGCGUGUUGAGGCUUAUGGGGAUAUUUGAUACAACAUGGGUCAGCAUGAAAAGUUUUCUGGCCAAGCGUGGCAUCAAGGAAGACAUUAUCAACUUUGAGGCACGUCGCAUAUCACCCGAUAUACGCACUUCAGUACAAGAACUCCUGGAAUCUAAUUCUCGAUCAUUUGAGCCGAAAAAUGCCCAAAGAGCAAGCAAUGCUGCAGCACCUUUAGCAGAAUGGGUUAAAGCCAAUGUUAAAUAUUCCGAAGUACUUGAAAAAAUUGAACCAUUGGAAAAAGAACAAAAUAAACUGCAAAGGAACUUGGAAAAGGCAGAGUCUCGUGUCACGAAACUUGGUAAAGCGUUGGAUGAUUUGGACGGCCGUGUACUUGAGUUACGAAAUAAGUUUGAGAAACGAACAACUGAGGCUGCCCAUUUACGCGUGGAGGUGGAAAAAGCAAAUGAGACAAUUUCUGCUGCUGAGACUUUGGUUGGAAAGUUAGGGAGUGAACAUCAGAGAUGGAAUGACCAGGUUAACUCUCUGUCAAGUGAGCUGGGAAGUCUUCCAGCGUGUGCGCAACUAGCUGCAGCGUUUAUCACUUAUCUUCCUUCUGCUCCAGAGGAUGUUAGAAGAGAGAUGUUGCAAUCCUGGAUGGAGCUCAUUAAUCUUCCAAGUUUUGAUUUCCGGCGAUUUUUGAGCACUGAAAGCGAACAACUGCAGUGGAAAUCUGAAGGUUUGCCCUCUGAUGAUCUUUCAAUGGAAAAUGCUUUGAUCAUAUUACAACUGUCAGAAUUUAAGAGCGGUCUGCGUCCAUUUUUGGUUGAUCCGUCCUCUAGGGCCACCGAGUGGUUAAAACAACAUCUGAAAGAAUCUCGUCUUGAAGUCGUCAACCAACAGGAUGCCAACUUUGCCACCACUCUUGAGUUAGCUGUGAGGUUUGGAAAGACGCUUAUUAUACAAGAGAUGGACCAUAUUGAGCCUGUGUUGUACCCCCUACUACGUGGAGACCUUGUCAGUUUAGGUCCUCGAUAUGUGGUACAACUUGGUGAGAAGACAGUUGAUUACAAUGAGGAGUUUAGACUCUUCAUGACCACCAGGAACCCACAUCCAGACAUACCUCCGGAUGCAGCUAGCAUCAUUUCAGAAGUUGACUUCACCACCACAAGAGCUGGGUUGAAAGGACAGUUGCUAGCGAUCACUAUACAACAUGAGAAGCCUGAACUCGAAGAAAGGAAAACUGAGUUGCUUCAGAAAGAAGAAAAACUAAAAAUUGAACUUGCCAAGUUAGAAGAGAGCUUGCUUGAGCAACUAGCAAAGGCCGAAGGCAACAUUCUUGACAAUAAAGAAUUACUUCAAAGUUUAAACCAAACCAAAGCAAGUAGUCUUGAUAUUACUAAGUCACUAAGUGAGUCACAACAAAUGGAAGCUUCCCUGGAUCAGGAGCGAAAUGCUUACCUACCACUAGCAGAAUGUGGAAGUACUUUAUAUUUUGUGAUAAGCGAUCUAUCAAAGAUAAACAACAUGUACAGAUUCAGCCUUGCUUCGUUCUUAAGACUCUUUCAAAAGUCUCUGAAAGUUAAAACGAAUUUUAGCAGCACAGAAGAAAGAAUUAGAUCCCUCAGUAGUCAAGUACAAUGGCUGGUAUAUGAACAAGUUGCACAAUCUUUAUUUAAAGCAGACAGACUCAUGUUUGCCUUGCAUCUUGCUAGAGGAACGAAACCAGAGUUUUUCAAAGACCAGGAAUGGGAAUACUUCCUUGGAUUAAUAAUGGCAGAUGCAGUGGUUGAUAAGGAUGGUAGGAAACAUGCAAGAGAAAAUAUUCCAACCUGGAUUGAAACUGAAAGACAUAGAGCGGUAUCAAUGCUUCGGUCCACAUUCCCAGCAUUAUAUUCGUCCCUUAAACUGGAUGACAGCGGGGCAUGGGUGACAUUUUCGCGUAGCUCUCAAUGUGAACAAGAUAUACCACAAGUUGUAGCAGCCAAGAUUUCACAUUUUCAACAGAUUUUGGUCGUACAGACACUGAGACCUGAUAGACUACAAAGCGCGAUGUCUCUACUUGCUUCAAGAAUGCUUGGAGUUCGAGAAAUAUCUCCGCCUGCCACCAAUUUACGUCGGUUACAUGAAUCCGGGACUACUCACGCUGCAGAACCUAUUCUUAUUGUGCUAUCUGCUGGUGCUGAUCCUUCACAAGAACUGCAGGAAUUGGCAUCAAGUGUUGUGGGCGAAGAAAACUAUUUUCAAGUUGCAAUGGGUCAAGGACAGUCUGAUGUUGCCAUGCAGUUAGUUAGAGAAUGUUCUAGGAAUGGUCAAUGGUUGUGUUUGAAGAACCUGCAUUUGGUUACAUCUUGGUUGCCUGUAUUGGAAAAAGAGCUGAAUGCAUUGGUUCCUGACAAUAACUUUAGAUUAUGGUUGACUUCAGAAGUUCAUUCUAAAUUCCCUCCUAUCUUGCUGCAGUCAAGCCUUAAAAUUACAUACGAGGCACCUCCUGGAAUUAAAAAGAAUUUAUUCCGCACUUAUGAUAACUGGACACCUGAGUUUGUUUCAAAGGGAACAAAAAGUUCAAAAGCCUCGGUUACAAGAUCCCAGGCUUUAUUUUCACUUGCUUGGUUCCAUGCUGUCGCACAAGAACGUAGAAAUUUUAUCCCUCAAGGUUGGACCAAGUUUUACGAGUUUUCGCUUGGUGACCUCAGGGCUGCAGCUACUAUUAUCGACCAGCUAUUCUCUGGCACAGCAGAUGUACAGUGGCAAUCAAUGCAUGGUUUAAUGGAAAAUGCGAUUUAUGGCGGACGUGUGGACAAUGUAUUUGACAUGCGUGUUCUUACUUCAUACCUUUCACAUUACUUUGAUUCUGAUCUACUUUCUGGCUCCUCACGAACAAGGGGAAAACGACUUAUUGCUAAUAUGUCUCUGCCUCAAACAACUAAUAUCCGGGAUUACAUAGAUGCAAUAGAAAUGCUACCAGAAGAUGACUUACCUUCUUACUUUGGUCUACCAGCGAAUAUCGAACGAUCAGCUCAACGUGUUAACUCACAGAGAGUCAUCUCUCAACUUAAAAUAUUGAUGAGAACUGUAGAGGCAGGUGCAAAGUUUGACAGAGAAGCUUGGCAGUCUGAACUUGGCCCAAUACUUCAGUUGUGGAAGAAGUUAAACCAAGGUACUAGUAGUGUGAUCCAUACUAAGAUAGAAGUUCCCACUGUAUCAGAUGCAUCACCUGUGGUACAGUUUGUAAUGUUGGAAAGAUACAACGCAAUCAAACUUGUGCAAAAAGUUCAUCAGACGUUGUCUUCACUGAGUAAAGUUAUGCGAGGCAGCCAACUUCUAACAAGCGAUGUGCAUAAACUUGCAAGUUCCAUUCUGCAGCAAGAAACACCAAUGCAGUGGCAUAGCAUGUGGGAGGGACCUGAUGACCCAAUGCAAUAUUUGCAUUCACUUGUAGCUAAGACUAUGGCUCUCCAGGGCUGGGUGGAAAAAGCAGAAAAAGGAACUUUACUUGGAUCAAAUGAACUCAAUCUUGCUGAUCUGUUUCAUCCAAAUACAUUCCUAAACGCAGUUAGGCAACAGACAGCAAGGGAAACACAUAUUUCUAUGGAUGAACUGAAGUUUGCUUGCUCAUGGAAGGGAACCAUUUCGGGAGCAAAGUUUAAUGUUAAGAUUGGUGGUCUGCAGUUGGAAGGUUGUUCAUUUGAUGGUUUGACACUUUCUGAAAACCAGCGUGAUUCUUCAACCGUAUCUGCUGUACCUGCUUGCUAUGUAGCAUGGCUGCCUAAGGAUGCUCCAGUACCAUACAGUUCAAAUGAAACAAUUUCGCUUCCGAUAUACAAAAGUCCAAACAGAGAAAGUAUUGUUACCUGUCUUGAUGUGCCAUGUGGCGGACAAACUAAAACAUGGAUUCAGAGCGGUGCUGCUUUACUUUUACAACAGCAUUAAAAACAAAAUAGAAAAUGUUGAUUUUCAUGUAAUAGUUAGCAAUCUUUUGGGAAAGCAUAUUUUCUGUAAAUUUUCAAAUUUAUAGGCAUUUUGUAACACUGUGUCAAAUUUGCAAAUUCGUAUAUAUUUUUAUUUUGUUGCUAUAGAAUGAAAUAGUUCUUUGCUGCCUAGCUGUAUAUAAUUGCUUAUUGGCUUUUAGGUUUAUUGUACAUUAAUAUAUCAAUAGACGUAUUUGUAGAAUUUAUGUCGUUCAAUGUGCAUAGCAUUUGGAAAAUAUAUAUUUUAUGAACGAUUUUG